UAUAAAUUAUGGGCAUACACAUACAGUAAGGUGAUUUAUUUUAAAAAAAUACAGCCCACCUUGAGAGAGAGACUUCUUUGUGCACCAAACCUUUAAAUGGUGAGCCGCCUGUUAUAUUUUCCUUUUGCUUUUUUGGAUUACGUUGUUUAAGGACCUUAAUCAGCUCUUCACCAUGAAGACUGUUACCUUUCUUCUCCUAAUGAUGAUCAGUUGUCUAGGAGGAUUAGGACAGAAGCUGACACCAAAGAAAAGGAGCAAUGUUGAAGAAAUCCGUUUUCAGACUAAAGCCAAAGAUUCAUGCACAAUGACCGUGACUGGUGAUGAGGAAGUUAAACUCAGAAUUGAAUGCAGAAACCAAGGCAAGUCAUAUUGGUGUGAGUACACUGGCAAACCUGCAGUUUGUCGUGCUUUCAAUAACAAUCCAAAGGCUUAUUGGAACCAGAUUGCCCUUGAACUUAGAAAACUUCCAAAUGCUUGCCUGUCCACCUCAGUGCUGAAGCCUGCUAUGUGCCAAAAGGCUCCCACAGAUGCUCACAUGAAGCAAGUAGCUUCCAGCUUGAUGCCAACUCAGAAUCCUAGCCAACAACCAGAUACCAACAAUCAAGGGAAGUCGGUCCAGAAAUCAUCAACUUCUCUGAAGCAGGCAGGAAAGAGCUCUAUCAAAAAAGCAGGGAAACCUAGACCAUCUACCCUGCUUCUUAUAAAACCAACCCAGCACAGUCAGGCAUCUGAAAAUGAAACUGAAGCAAUGAAGUUGGCACGAGAACAUUGCUGGGAAUCGCUGCACAAUUUCUGCUCCUACAUCAUCAGCUUCUUUAGAGGCUAAUUACUUCAGGGCAAAUUUUUUACUGUUGAAAAAGAGAUACCUACAGUAGUUUAAUGGAGUUUGUAGACUAAUGGCUUUUAGUUCCAAAAUGGGACCAUCUCUGGAAAUCUUGUUGCAAUUAUUUUUUGCUUUGCACCUCUGAAAUGAAACUAUUUUUAACAAGUUCUCAUAGCAAGCACCGAAGAUGCAUGGAAUUGGAAUAAUUGUACUGAAAGUAUUAUGAUAAACUCAUCAUUUAAACUUGCUGAUUCUUCUAGAGAUGUAGGAACAUGAGUAUUUAUAUAUACAUCCAAGACUCCAAUUUAACCUUUUUUGUGCUCUAUAUCACUAAGUAGUAUUGUGUGCACGAUUUGCUUUGAAUGAGUAGUUAAUGAGAGAAAAAAGCUGUAGAUAAUGCUGCAAUAAAAAAUGACUUUUGAAAA